GCUGAUUGGAUGAGAGCAUCCAGGCCUGAGUCACGUGGGUCAGUGCUUUGGUCCAGAGUAAAAAUGGGGUUUGGUGUAAAUCUAGGGUGUAUUGCUGUCGUAUAUCACGAUACCUCGUAAAAACGACACUGAGGAUUCUGGGCCAACAAAUCAGAGAGAGAAAAAAAAAAAAAUGAGUUCUUAUUAUGUGGAUGGUGUUCUUAGCAAAUAUACAGCGAGUUCUCUCUUCCCAAACGUGGAGCGGGCGUCUUGCAGCAUUGGACCCGGUGGAGAGGACUAUGCCUCGGCUCGGACUGCUGCGGCCAUUGCGUUCUCACCAUCUCUGUCUGGAGUUUACAGCGUCAACAAUGUGGUUUACCAGAGCCGCCCUGUGUUCCCCUCGGGAUACGGCCAGGGGCAGGACGCACACACACUGCACUGCAGCCUGUUGGACCAGAGCCGCCUGUUCACCGACAGCUGCUGCCACCCGGAGCCGGGACCCCUCACCUCGCCACCGGACAAACAGUACCGGAUGUACCCAUGGAUGAGAGAAUCAGAUCCAAACCGAAAGCGAGGCCGGCAGACGUACUCCCGGUACCAGACCCUGGAGCUGGAGAAGGAGUUCCACUUCAACCGGUACCUGACCCGCAGGAGGAGGGUCGAGAUAGCCCAUGCCCUCUGCCUCUCGGAGAGACAGAUCAAAAUAUGGUUCCAGAACCGCAGGAUGAAGUGGAAGAAAGACCACAAGGAGGAACCGACUCCAAACCCCGGUGGGGAGGACGGUGAUGUCCCGGCCGUGUCAGAGGCCGGGCAGCACGGAGCGGGACACACCGGGAGCUCCGGGUUGGAGACAGAAACAGCUGCAAAGUAAUGAAAGAAACGGAAAGAGGAAUAAAUGGAAAACACUGUUCAGUAGGGAUAUAUCUCAGAUGCUUAUCACAUACCAGUCAGAGCUUUGUAGGCAGAUCAAUUGAACGACCAGUGAAGCCAAUUAUGUAAUAAGCAUCUAACAGAAACAUGUAUUUCAUAUUUAAACCCAAAUCACAUUCAAAGGCUCUGCAUGAAAGAGCAAUAUUAACAAAUACCUACCUAUCCAAACUAUAUUUUUAUAUAUGCAAUACAAUGUGUCAUUUAACCUGAUCGUACUACUGAGUCAACAUUCCUGAACAAAAAAACUACCUAAUAUUUACGUUUCAAUAUUAAACGCUGACACAAGGAAUCCAGCUGUAAAUGAGUCUUACUUCUAUAAUUCUACCUAUUCCAGUGACUCUACUCCACAGACGGUUGUAUUUUCUAAAGGGAACAAAUACACCAUUCUGCUCAAAUGUGCCUUAGGCUAAUUAUAAGUGAAUAUUUUGUUAAAUGACUCCAACUGUGAUUUAGGUGCUUCGUUAGAUUUCAGUUAGUGUAUAUUUCUUUCUUAAUAUAACUGCGUAUCACUUAGAAUGUGUAUAAAUCAGACAUUUUUGUUUAGUUUCGAUUUAUCUCAUGUUACCUACCUCGUCCACUUUCUUAUUUUGCUACAAACAGGACUAGCCUUACAUAAAUGUUCUUAAUCCUUAGCCGUGUACUGUAAAAUGUUCUUGCUUACUCUAUUUAGAAAAUAAAUGUAGGCUCAAAAUUUCAUACGUGUUUGUUAAAGCCAAAAAUCAACACAUGCAUAUUUAUUUAAACAGCAUUACAUUUUAGUAUCAAGUUAUUAGUUUUUGUCGGUGUAAAAUGAAUAGACUAUUGUAAUCUAAUACGUGCAAAUACUGUGAUCUAUUUAGGUUGAGUCCCCCAUUUUCAAUGUGAAGUAUAAGUAACAUGUGAACAAAUAAAUAACCUCUGGGAAUGUCUCAAAUAUGUAAAUGAAAAUAUAAUUGAAUA